AUUUACGCCAAUCCAAGGCUAAACUAUAUUUUCAUUAACCGCAUUGCAUCUGCGCCAAGUUUACGGUCACUGGUGAAACAACAUUAUGGAGUUAUAUGAUCACUUUUAUCGGAUUUUCAAUUCUUCUGUGCUUGUGUUGUUUUCUUGUAUGGAUGUGGUCACGGCCCUUGAAUUCAACGUGACGGUACCAUUCGGAGCAGAACUCCACCCGGGAGACCGAUUCACGGCGUCCUGUAACAUCUGGGGAUAUCCCCCCAUUGACCUCGUCACAGAUCUGACGGUGCACUGGAAAUUCCAGGAUAGCUAUAUUUGUGUUUUUGGAGAUAAAAUGGAAGAUGUUUCUGAAAAAUAUCAAUGUUCCUCAGUAACGGAAUAUGACCAAGAAAGCUUUAUUUUAUCAAUCUCAGCGGUGUCUUCAGAAGACAACGGUAAUUACACCUGUGAAGUCAAGGAAAAGAAGAAAACAUCACCGAUGCAAUCCCUAGUAGAGCUUAUAGUUGUUGAACCUACGACAGUGUUACAAAUCACGGAAAAUCCAGAAACCACCGCCGCCACAACCAUGGCUGCUAAAAACGGAUGUCCUUCAAGUCACUUUCAACACCUUUUAUUGCCUCUGUGUAUCCAAAUAUUGUCAUUUGUUAUCCUACAUUUUUAG